CAGACAGAGAGUGAACUGUGUGAUUCAGGCUACCUCAAAGUCGCGCCGCUUGUUGACUUCACCGGCCAGCUACUUACGCGCGGUGAGGAAGAUGAGAGAGAGCGCGACCAGCGUCCAGCACGCGCUCCUGCGUAAAUCCAUCCUUAACAGAGACAGAGAGGAGCAGCCAAGCGCCAAGCUCUUCAGAAGGCAAGUCCUGUAAAGAGAGAGAGAGAGGGAACACUUGAUGAGAAAAGACGUGAGAUAAAACGUCUCCAGAGAGAGAGAGAGAAAAGCAGGAGCUGUAGCUAAAAACAACACAAACACAAAGUAGAUGAAAAGCCUGAGGGUGCUGCAUGUCGUUUAGAGAAAUUACACUAGUUAGCCUCCUCAAAAAAGUUUAAACUGAGCUUAAACUAUCAAAAAAGUUCGAUUUCAGUGUCUUCUUUGAUUACCGACAGAUAUGAGUGAAGGACACGCGUCUAAAUGGAUUAUUUUAUACAUACUUUUGUUCUAGCCUAUGAGCCCAGUUAGAGUGGAUUUUUUUUCUGGAAAAAAGGCGCGUGAGCUGAGACGUUAAUAGCUAGGAUAGCUAGGUAAAUAGCUACUGCUAGUAUACGGUCAGGAGUAAAAAGGGGUAGUGAAGGCUACAGUUACAUUUUUGUUCACCAAAGUGCAGAAGUACCCUCAAAGGUACAACACGAUCCUUCAGUUCCAAAUGUGGAGCUAUUUAAAAGCAGAGAAAAACAGCUGCAAAGGAAUAUAGUACAACUAUGUAGCCUAGCUGCAACUGCAACUUUGCUGUGUACCUUAACUAAAGGUAGGCUACUAAAGCAAUAUCAUUGAGGGCACCACACUUUUGACAGUUUCUCAUUGUAAGUAUAGCCUAUAGCCUAUAGACUACUGCACAGGCAAGUCCACAAAAGAGCUUAAAACGCUAGUUAAAUUGCAGUACUUACAGUCAGUCAGUCUGAGGAGAAACAGGUGAGGUAUAUAGGUUAGUAGAUUCAGCUCACUCGGCUGUAAUGGAUCCUCUGUAACCGCCAAAGUAAAACUGAGGCAAGAAGUCAAACAAAGAAAGAAGUAGGAGUCAACCUCGAGCCUGCCCUCCUCAGCUCCACCGCAAACGUUAUCUGAGGAGAGCUAGAGAAGGCAUGGUCAUCAGCGGGUUCACACCUCUGUUCCUGGAAAUACUAAUCAAUGCAAAUUAGGCAAGAUAUUAGGAGGUGUGAGGAUAUAAAAGAUGCUCGUCGACGGACAAAGGACAAUUCCCUCUGGACUCCGGUUUUCCUGGACAUUUUCUUUCCACUUCUCACUUUUCCUCGCACUUACAGCUCUAGCUCUCGCAUUUGGAGGGACGAUGACUUUCUACGAUGACAUUUACCCAUUCUACCCGCUACAAAGGACCUCGUUCAUCUUCAGCACCAGUCUGCUGACUGUCAUCUUGGUCUUCUUGGUGCUCGCUGUCAGCUUCCUCCUCAUUGUGCCAGGAAUACGUGGCAAAUCGCGAAUUCUCUGGACAUUCAGGAUACUCAUUAGCUUAUUUAUUGGAGCAGUUAUAGUUGCUCUGAACUUCACCAGCGACUGGGCUGAGGCAAGUUUGAGGGCCAACACCACAUACAAAUCCUUCAGUAAUGUUGUGGUGAACGCUGAGGUGGGGCUCCAUGUAGGCCUGUAUGGGAUUAACAUCACACUUAGAGGAGACCCUGUGGUGCAGUUCAAUGAGACCAUAGACUACAAUGAAAUGUUUGCAUGGACCAGCAGCAUAGAUGAGGACUACGCUGAUGCCUUGGAAAAGGGUCUUCCCAACCCAAUUUUGUACAUUGCUGAGAAGUUCACACUCAACAGCCCCUGUGGCCUCAUCUACCAGUACCGCUACUCAGGCAGAUACGCUUCAGCCACCCUCUGGACAGCUUUUUGCUGCUGGCUGCUGGCCAAUAUCCUCUUCUCAAUGCCCGUCAUCCUCUACGCUGGCUGCAUGAUGGCUACCACGGCAGCUUUUAUCUUCUUCUCCUUGGCCUCCUUCUCCACGAUAUACAACCUUCCACAGUGCACCUUCACUAUAGGGACAGAGUCCUUUGUGACAAAUUUCAGCGCUUCCUUCUGGCUUGCCUUAUUUACUGGUUUUUUGUGUGCAGUGAUUGGUGUAUUAGUGAUAAUACUGGACUGGCUGAUCCCGGAGAGGAUGAGAGAAGCAUUUAGUGUUGGUGUGGAUGGUGAUGAAGACGUUUACUCUGAAGAGGGCUACCUUAACACAGGCUUCCUCGAAGGAGCAGGUUUGGAUGCUGUGAUUGUGAAAGGAACAGGGAAAGAAACACAAAUCGCCACCUUAACUACGUUUUGAGAAUCCAACUGUUUCACACAAGGCCAUCAUUCCAAGUACUUGAAAAACACACAUCCUGCAGACUGGAUUUUUCUUUUUUUG